AUGACUCCUACACAGCCCACCGUUACGUCUUGGAGAGAUCAUACUGACGAUUUAGUGGGUACGACACCAACAGUGGUUCCUCCACCGUUACCCCCACCCAAUCCCACUGUCACACCAACACAGACACAGAUUCCAACAGCUACCACACCGACCCCACAGCAGAAUGGUGGUUCACCCAACUCGGAAACAAAUAACAAUAACAAACAACAUAUAGAAUGUGUCGUAUGUGGUGAUAAAAGUUCUGGAAAACAUUACGGACAAUAUACGUGUGAAGGGUGUAAAAGUUUCUUUAAAAGAUCUGUGCGAAGGAAUUUGAAUUACACAUGUCGUGGAAACAAGAACUGUCCCAUAGAUCAACAUCACAGAAAUCAGUGCCAGUAUUGUCGUCUGAGAAAAUGUUUGAAGGCAGGGAUGAGACGGGAAGCUGUUCAAAGAGGUCGAAUCCCACCAAGCCAGCAUCCAUUUGCCGGACAGAUGGGCUUCCCUAACGGUGAUCCUCUGGGCGGACACGGUUAUUUUUCCAGCUUUAUUACAAUGUUAUUGAGGGCAGAACCAUACCCUACAUCAAGAUAUGGACAAUGCAUGCAGAAUAAUAUCGUCGGAAUUGACAGUAUCUGCGAAUUGGCCGCCAGAUUAUUAUUUAGCGCUGUCGAAUGGGCAAGAAAUGUUCACUUCUUUCCGGAAUUACACGUAAACGAUCAAGUUGAAUUACUCCGAAUCAGUUGGAGCGAACUUUUUGUUUUAAAUGCUGCCCAGAGUUCAAUGCCUUGUCAUCUGUCACCACUUUUAGCCGCGGCUGGACUCCAUGCUUCACCAAUGCCUGCAGAUCAUGUAGUAGCCUUCAUGGAGAAUAUCCGAACCUUUCAAGACCAUGUGGAGAAAUUGAAAAACCUUCAUAUCGACACAGCUGAAUACAGUUGUUUAAAGGCCAUCGCACUAUUUAGUUCAGAUUCUCGAAGUUUAUCUGAUAUUAACCAAAUAGAGAGUUUACAAGAGAGAUCUCAAUGUGCUCUGGAAGAGUAUGUUAGAAGUCAAUAUCCCAAUCAACCUACACGAUUUGGUAAACUGCUGUUGCGACUACCUUCAUUACGAGCAAUCAAUUCACAUGUUAUAGAACAACUGUUUUUUGUCCGACUGGUUGGAAAAACCCAUAUAGAAACAUUAAUCCGAGACAUAUUAUUGAGUGGUAAUUCAUUCUCGUGGCCAUAUAUGCCAAUACAAUGA